GUUGUCAUGGCUACACUUCCGCUUGUCUGACCGACCGUUAAGUUGAAUCUGUCCACUUUCAAGAUAAUAUUACAAUGGCUGAUCCCAAUUCAGGUAAUAUUGAGCAAGAAGAGGAGACAAACGUAGGCGAAGAUGAGAAUGCAGACCAAAGUGAAAGUAACAUUCAGCAAGAUGAUGGCGAAGGCAGUCAGGAAGGGGAUGAAGAAGGUGAAGAGGAUGUACCUGAAUUAGCUCAGGAUGAAGAUGUUGAGUUGCCUGAUGAUGCAUUAACUGAUGAGGCUGAUCAGUUAGCAAAAUCUGAAACUGAUGUGAUGAGUGAAACUGGAUCUGCUUUGACACAAGGGUCUGAGAUAUCAGAGGAAGAAGUAGAAGGAGCGGUUGUAAGUGAAGAAGAUCAAAAUCUUUUACAAACUCCUGUGAGCGUUGACGAAACUGAGGUUUGUACUUCUCAGGAAGAAGUUGAAGCAACUUCAGCAACAGAAUUAGAGCCAUUGAAGGAAGAGGAAGCGGAAGAGGAAGAAGCAGGUGAUGAAGCAGGUGAUGAAGCCGUUGAUGAAGCAGGUGAUGAAGAUGCUGAAUGUUCUAGCUCAGAGGAUCUUUAAACUUCUUUUAGCCAGAACAAAGCCUAAUGUCCUUGAGAUAAAUAAAGAACGCCAAUUGACAGCAGUAGCUACACAAGGUAUUGUCCAGCUAUUCAAUGCUGUACAGGAACAACAGAAACUGAAUGAGGAGAACGAAAAUACCAUAAACACAACUGAGUGGAAAAAACAGAAAAUCUCUGAGAACACAGAGCAGAUGUCAUUCUUUCACCUGCUU